UUGCCAAUGAUCUGAAGCAAUCUGUUAGGAGCUGACCUGGGUCCACUCAGAUCAAUAGCACCAGAGGGAGAGGACAGAGUCACCAGGAGCCUGUAGAGGACCCUUCAAGUCUGGACCCCCUUCUCUUCCUGCUUGAUGUGUAGGGACCUGGAAAGACCAAAGUCCUAGAAGGGGGGUCCACAGAACCCAGUAACCCUUGUGCUGUGUCUGCUCCUCCACCAUGUCCUUCCCACAGUUGGGCUACCAGUAUAUGAGACCCCUGUACCCCUCUGACAGGCAGAGUGUGGGAAGCAGCACCAGGAAUGGCACAGACCUCUCCCCGGCUGGGACUCUGUCUAAUGUGCUCUCCUCCAUGUAUGGGGCUCCUUAUGCUGCAGCUGCUGCAGCCCAAGCCUAUGGAGCCUUCCUGCCCUACACAACGGAGCUGCCCAUCUUCCCACAGCUGGUAAGAGCCCCUUCAAAUGCUCCGAAUGUUCUUCUUUACCUGCUUAACUCAUCCCUUGCCCUGUCCCUUUCUUUCCUUGUGUUCCUUAGCUGUGCAAAACUUUCCCUGUGUUCGAAUCGUGUGUUCCAAAGCUGUGUGGGGAGAUUUUAAAACCAGGGAACUGAUUGCUGCUUUUGUUCCUGUUAAUUGUGGGAAACCAAAAUGAAAUUCUGUGUCUUUGCUGUUUGUAAAUGUUGCUGUUUUGUUAGAGUAACACGCAGAUUUUGUAUCAAAUAGAAUGCUGCCGGAGUUAUGGAACUGUAUGUGUGUAUUAUUUGUUGUUAUGUAUAAUUUUGUUUUUGUGUGUCUGUAUGUAUGCAUGUCUGUGCGUUGUAAUUCGUUUAAGACUGUUUGCUCUGGCCUCAAGGGUUAAACAAAAAGUUUGUUUUCAUUGUAAAAUUAGCUGUGAUUUACUGACAGAUCUAGAUAGCAAAGUUGUGAAAGGAAACAGAUGAGGGUAAAAUAUUUUAAAGGAAAGAAACACAAUAUCAUGUUAUGGAAUUUAACUUAUUUCCUCUGAGCUCGGGAUGAAAAGCAAAUGUGAAACUGAUUUUUUUUUUUUUUUUUUACACCAGAGAAAACCGUGAAAGUAUGUGUCUGUCUAAGUAAUAAAUGCAAGUUACUCUAAAUUCGGUGGGGAAUUACGUGCAAGGUCUAUUGUAGCAAUGUUUCAUGCAUUUAUUUAUCUACCCCCCUUUUUUUAUUUCUCUGUUAAGGGUUCCCAAUAUGAGAUGAAGGAUAGCCCAGGAGUCCAACAUGCAGCUUUCUCUCACCAUCACCCAGCUUUUUAUCCCUAUGGACAAUACCAGUUUGGAGAUCCUUCAAGGCCAAAAAAUGCCACAAGGGAGAGCACCAGCACCCUGAAGGCCUGGCUCAAUGAGCACAGGAAAAACCCUUACCCCACCAAAGGUGAGAAGAUUAUGCUGGCCAUCAUCACCAAGAUGACUCUCACCCAAGUGUCCACCUGGUUUGCCAAUGCGAGGAGGAGGCUUAAAAAGGAGAAUAAAAUGACCUGGACCCCUAGGAGCAGGACAGAUGAGGAGGGGAACUCCUAUGGAAGUGACCAUGAAGAAGAUAAACGAGAGGAUGAGGAGGAAAUAGAUCUGGAGAACAUAGACACUGAGGAAAUUGAGAGUAAAGAAGAUCUUGAUGACCAGGAUACUGAUAUCCAUUCUGACUGCAAAACUGACAUUAGGAGUGACUCUGAGGGUUCAGAUGGUUUUGAGGAUUUGAAUACCACGGAGGAGAGGUUCCUCAAGACAGUGGUUGGGGACAGAGUUUUGGAGGAGGACAAGUGUGACCUUUCUCCUGAUGCCAAAGCUCAUCAACCUACCUGUGAACAGAUCAAACUGGAUAAUGUGUCUCCCAGCCCAUCCCAGGAGAACAAUUUAAUGGUGGCCCAUAAACCCAAAAUCUGGUCCUUGGCAGAGACUGCCACGGCUCCUGAUAACCCACGCAAGUCCCCCCACAGCAGUGGAACAGUGAGCACUCAGAGCUUAAUCCCACAACAUAAACUCAUCACCUGCCCAGGUAGCAGGUUCCAGUCUUGGACAGGGAGGGCCUUUUCUGCCCAGCAAUUAUCCUUACUGAACUCUGCUCACUUUCUUCACGGACUAAAUGUCACCAACACAGCCAACGGUGCGGGCAAUGCAGCUUUCACGAAACUAGGGGAGCACACCCACAGCACAGACACUGUAACAGGUGACUGCUAUGCCAUUUUUUUCAAUCAAGUUCACAAAAAUACAUUGGCCGUAUAAUAUAAAAUCAGGGGAUUACACCAGGAUUUAUUAUGGAAAAUAAUUAUGUAAAAUGUCAAAAAAAGAAGUUACAUUCAAAUUACACAUAUUGUCUUCUAAAUAAUAGUGAUAGUAUACUAUGUUCUAAAUAUAUUGUUCAUCUGUACACUUUUUCAAUAGUUAAACACCUCGCAAAAUUGCAUAGUGUUUCAGAUAAUUAUUCUAGGUAAUUUUUCAUUUUUGUUAUAUAUUGUUUUUGCAUUUUUAAACAACAGAUCUGUAAAUAUUAGUUGCUAUGAUUUUUGCUUUCAUUCAUUUAACCCUCCCCACUCCAGUACUUUCGUUUGAAUUUUUCUUUUUUAAAUUUACGAUCUGUAAUGAAAUGUCACGUUACUCUGCACACGUAUUUAUUUUUUAAAUAGUUCUUAAGUAUUUUCCCUUUUAAUACAAUGCGCUAGUUUUAUAUUUGUAUUUUAAUUUAGUACAAAUUGUAGAAAAAUACAAAAUAAUAGUGGAGAAUUACGCACAAAUCUAUUAUUUAAUUUGACAAUUUAGUAAAAAUUAGAGGUUUUGACACGUAACGCAUUAUUUCUCGUAAAUAACUGCUUUGUUCUAAAAUAUUUUUACAAUCUAAAGUAAAAAAAAAAAAAAAAACCUUGCAAAUAUUUGCCGUUAAGAAAAAGACAUUUGAAUUAAAAUUGAUACUUCUCAAACUUUGCCGAGAAUAUGUUGAAUGAUGUGAGUUAUAAAGUGUAUUAAGGGAGAUUCAAAUAAAUCUAAAUAUAUAUUUUAUCAGGAUCAUAACAUUUAUUUUUUAUUUACCUAGAUCGACAGAAUACGUUGGACUUAGAAAAAAAAAGUAUAAGUACAGCUUUUCAACCAGUGCAAAGAAGGUGAGAAAGUGAUUUUAUUUUAACUCAUAUCUGGGACCUGUUCAUAUGCAUGUACAGUGUCAAGUGCGAAGAAUCAUAAAUAUAUUUUAGACGAAAUAUGAAUUGCAGUUUUGACGUUUUCCUGGAUCGUUGUAUAUUUCACACAUCUUUGGAAAUAUUAAUCAUGACUACACACCAGAUACAUUACGAUCUGAAUUGAAUCUUUAUUAAGGUUAUCAGAUGUCUAACUAAUCUAGAACAAUUGGCAUUUUAUUUAUUUUUUGUUAAGAGUCCGAAUUUAGUUAUUUUUAAAAUAUGCGUGUAGCUAAUAUACAAAUUCAAACUGGUUGAGAGAGAGAGAGAGAGUGUUUUAAACUGUAAUGAAGUUUAGCAUACAUACUGCUACUUAAAAUAGUAAAAUAUUAAACUAUUACACUAUACUCCCAUUUGCUUAAGUGAUUCUGCAUUGGUUUGUUGCUCUGGCCUCAAGGGUUAAAUAAAAAUGUGUAUAUAUAAUACAUAAAUAUUAGAUAUAAAAAGAUAUGUAUAUUAUGUGUGUGUAGUGUCAUAGAUUAAUAUGUUAAUAUAUAAUACACAUAAAUCCAUAUUAUCAAAUUAUGCACAAAGGGGUGGCUAUGUACUGUUAUUGUGUAUGUUAAUUUAUUCUUUAUUUAUUUUUAGGUCUCAAAAUCAAAUCGAUGCUGCUAUGAUCCUUUCGGCAUUGUCUUCCUCAUAACAGUUUAUUAUUAUUUUUUAUACAUAUAUAUUUUAUUUUUUAUUUUUUUUUCUAACCAUUGUUCCAAUGCUUGUAAAAUAUUUCACGGACAGUUGCAUGCCUGUGUAUAAAACCGAACCCAAACUGUUUCUAUACUCCCAUGCUGCUUAGUUUUAGACUUCAUGGUUUUGUCCUGUGAUGAUUAAUUGUCACUUCUUUUUUCAUUUUGGAUUUUUAUUUUAUUAUUAUUAUUUUUUCUCUCUCUGUGUAUGUGUGGUGUAUAUAGUAAUACAUAAAAUGUACAUAUGUCUUAAAAAAAUUGUACAAGAAAGUAUAUAUUUUUGGUUAAUAAAUGAAUUGUUGCCACUUCAAUUAAGAAUUAUGCUGUUGACCUGUUCUUUUGGGGAUAGAUGUUGAAUUAACUUUUUAUUAUCCUGCAAGUAUACUGUACUUUUUUUUGUUUUGUUUUCUUCUUUUUUUUCUAAAUUUAUCUCUCUG